AUGGAGAGACCCAGAGGACCGUCUGCGCAGCCUCGGCAGCUGCAGAUGGAGGGCCACGAUCUGCUGAUCGCCUCUUCGCUCGAUUCCAUCCCUUCCGCAAGCCAAGCGCUCGCGGCGCUCAACUCCACCAUCGAUCGACCCAUCCUCUCCACCUCAUCCGUCACCAUUCGUGAUCUGACCAAGUCUCCUACGGCUAUAGCUGUCACCUCUGUAGCUGCCACGCUGGGAAGCACAACCCUGUACUGGAGGUACUUUAGACGGAUAAGGAAUGCCGAGCAUUUGACGCCUGCCACACUAAAGUGGAGAAGGACGCUGGUGGGAAGGUGCACCAGGUGAGGUUUGGAGUUGAGAUGUCGGCAUGCUGGAUCGACAUGGUCGCGAAAGCAGCCGCGCACACGUUUGCUGCAAGAUUGAUCACAAAACUCUUCUCCUCGUUGCAAUGACUACAGCGUCGGAGAUGCAGACGGUUUCAGGCUCUAUCACCAGCCUCCUUUUCCAUUUCGCUUGCUCGCACCAGCUCCACACUCACCCAAAUCGGAUCAGACGCUAAGCGUGAGGAUGGCAGGUGCGGAUGCUCCUGAAAGCGGUCAUUUUGGCAAAGAAGCUCAACCAUUUGCGAAAGAGGCCAAAGAAGAAAUGAAGAGGCUCGUCGAGGGCAAGACUGUAUGGUGCGAGGUGAGUGAAAGGCUCGGCACGAAUUGCUGCUCCUCGCGGCUGCCAUUCAGAUGCCGGAAAUUUCAAAAGCCUGACUUGCCCCUCGACCCAUCCAGGUUGCGCACGUCGAUCAAUACAAGCGCUUGGUAAGUCCCUCCCAGCCGGUAGUGGAGCAGCAUUUGGACCAGCCAUGACUGACCAUCGCUGCAUGCAGGUCGCAACGCCCUAUGUCUUGAGGUUUCCUUACAUCUUUGGACGGACGAAUGUGAGCUUGCGAAUGGUCAAGCUGGGUCUAGCCACGGUGUACACGCAGUCAGGAGCAGCCUACGCCAAUGCUCGAUGGUGGCAGAGACUGUUCCGCAGCGCUUCAAAAGAGAAGAAGGGCAAAGAGACUUCUUGGGGUCUUAGACAGCUCGAAAAGGCCGAAAAGAAAGCAAAGUGAGUCUCACUGAUUGCUGCCUCCUCAGCCAGCGGCUCAGAGAUUUGAAGCAAUCUUUGACUUUGUUCGAUGCUUCACUCACGCUCUUGCGCGCCUGUGUGCAAACAGAUCGGCAAAGCGGGGAAUGUGGAGCUUGGGCGAUCGCCUCGAGAGUCCUGCCGACUACAAAAGGAGACUCAAAGAACAAUGA